AUGGAGCCAUUUCAGUACACAGAACUGGCAGACAAAGAGGUGGACAUCCGGCUUGUCACUUUGCUCCCCGGUAACUUUGACGACCCGUUGCGAGUAAUCAUAUCCCACGUUCAGCUGACCAAACCUGCCGAAAUGACACAAUCACGGCUGUCUCUUGAAAAUUUGAGAAAGACCUUACCAUCGGACUGGAGGGCAGGGGAAACAGUGGAAGGCCCUUAUCUUUUCGGUCACGUAAAGGAAGAAACAACAUCUUGGAAACAUCCGGAUCCCAAAAUUCCAGCUGAAAAGUAUCUAUUCCGUUCACCAACACAACCUUUCAAACCUCGUUUCGAAGCAUUAUCUUAUACAUGGGGAACCGGUCAGAGUGAACAUAAUCUACAGAUUAUAUCCGAAACGAACCCUGAACACACAUUUGAGCUUGCGAUACAGAAAAACCUUGGUAUUGCUCUGAGAUACUUGCGCCAUUGCAACAGUGCUAGAGUACUUUGGGUUGAUGCUGUGUGUAUCAACCAGAAGGACAUAGCGGAAAGAGAUAUACAAGUGACCCGUAUGGGUGAUAUCUAUAGAUAUGCUGAGAGAGUUAUCGCUUGGCUAGGACCCGAGUCGGAUGACAGUAGCUUGGCGCUGUCGGUCAUGGACAACAUCGGCGCCCAAGUCGUGUGUCUGAGCAACGGCCAUCGGAAUGCGAGGCCUGGGUGCACUCACCCCCGGUGGAUACAUGGUCAUGUCGAGUUGCCAUACAAAGACAGCGCAUGGCAAGCUAUCAUCAAACUAUUCGGCCGGCCCUGGUUCUACCGACUCUGGGUCACCCAAGAGGUCCAACUUGCAAGUCCCGCCUCGGUCAUACAAUGCGGGCAUGAUGCAGUCCUCUGGUCUCACUUCCGCUCCGCCGUCGUCUGCCUCCAGGGCAAAAACGUCCCCGCCACACGCGCGUUGCAGGCACACACCAACAAGAUCUACAGAUUCGUUUGGCCCAUCCGUGGUGACACUUUCCUCAACCUUCUGAGCACCACCUACGACCGCCUUUGUGUUGACCCGCGAGACAAGGUCUAUGGACUGCUGGGCCUGGCGUCGUCCGAGUUUAUAGGCCACAUGCAGUCUAGCUAUGCGCUCCCGGUGGCUUCAGUCUACAGAGAUACGUUCAUCGCCAUGGUGCAUGAGACAGGAAGGCUGGACGCCUUGGCAAGCUGCUUCUUGAGUGAUGCUAGCACUACUGGUAUGGCUUCAUGGGUUCCAGACUGGUCUCUCCCUAUGGAGCUCCGAUCUGGGGGCGUUUCAUCAGCGCAACUAUCCCUACAGAGUCAAAAGUACCUGGUUCUUGAAACCUUGAAUGUUCUUCAGGUACAUGGGGCGAUUAUUGACACUGUAAAAACCGCCAGUUGUUCUAUGAUACGGGAUGAAGAAUCCAUCGUGUCCCUGGAACCACUAAGCCAGUGGGCACCUAAUGAUCUGCUGACUGGCCAGUACCCAACAGGCGAGACGCCUCUCGAAGCCUUUUCACUGUCACUAGUAGGGAACAUGGUCAAAGAGAACUUUUCGGCAAUCAGUCUAUCAGUCGAAGAAAUCAAGCGCGGAGUCAUACAGCACCUUUCAUCAUCUACAGAGACAGUGGAGCCACAGGAAACUGGGCAAUCGAUACUCGCUCACCGUCGAUUAAGCCGCCUUAGGAACCGUUCAUUUAUUACAACUUCGAACGGCUACUUUGGGCUCGGCCCUUCCAAUGCGGAACCGGGUGAUCUCGUCGUCACGAUUCUGAACUGCACCGCACCAAUUGCCCUACGGCCGCUACCCAAAGGAGUAGGAUACACAGUUGUAGGCGGCUGUUACAUUCACGGAUUUGGAGCCGCUGAGGCCCUGCUGGGUCCUCUGCCGUCGCCAUGGAGUCUAUGGUUUUAUUACGACGAUGCAGGGCAUACAGCGUGGUCGUACCGCAAUGGAAUAACGGGACUGAGCACUGACGAGGACCCGCGCCUGGAGCCUUUGGGGUUGGAGUGGGGACGGGUGGAAGGAAAGAAAUUUCGAAAUAGAAGUACCGGGGACUUGCAAGAAUAUGACCCGCGGUUAGGAAUAGCGGCGUUGCGGCAGAGGGGAGUUGAUCUCAGGACGUUUCGACUAAUGUGA